CUCCUUUAUUCGCCCAUUUUGUUGACAUCGAUUCAGUUUCAAGUGGCCGCAAGGCUGCGCGCGCCUCGAUCCCAAAAUGCGCGUGUUUAGGUACUAAAACCUCCCGCUAUCUACGUACAUGCUUCCCCUUCACUCGACCUCAAGUCAGUAGUCUGUAAAGUCGCAAGUGUGUCCAUAGCGUCUCUUUCGAGAAAACACACAACAUCUAGUGACUUUCAUCUUUUUUUAAUAGAUUUCCUUUUUUUAUUUUGUAAUCAACUUUCUUUUAAUUAUCGAAUGCUUGCCUUGAAGUAUGCCCUUGAUUUUGCAAGAUUUCCCAGGUUUGAUUGGAUUGCUUUCUAUUACUCCAGUGAUUUAUGAAGACUGUCUUACCACUCUGCACAACAUUAAAGCUGCACAAUGCUUGUCGUUUUGACGGAAAGGCUUGCCCCAAUCUUGGAAUGGCUCAAAAGCGUCGCUGGAUAUAGCGUGGUUGAAUCGAACUGGAAGGCAUUAAACGUUUCUAAUACACAAAGGAAUAAGGAUCCAUCCCUUAUCGACUGCAAUCCCCGGAUGAAUUAUUCUGUUCCGUUAGCUACUGGUCACUCGUCAUCGCUGUUGGAUCUGUCUACUAAUCCAGAUGAUUGGAUUCUACUUGACGGCAGUAAAGUGUCGUUUAUGAGACUUUCUAACCUGUCUUCCAAUUCGAAGAAGGAUCUAUGCCGAAAGUUAGGGGGUGCCAAUGGCCAGCAGGAUGUUUAUGUGCUGGGUGUUUCCUACAGUGACGCACAAUCUCUUUCUGGUUGUCGAGAUUAUCCUAAGGCCAAUUGCCACACUUUGCCUCGCUGCCGAAGUUACCGAUUGCGAAAAACUCAAUUGAUGGCCGAGCCGUUCGACACGCUUUCAUCAAUAACUAGUCGGGCCAAUAAUGAAAGCCGCACACUUUACUUCAGUCGGCAUGGCGAGAGCGAGUACAACGUUCUCGGAAAAGUUGGAGGCGACGCGGACCUUUCCCCGCGGGGCUAUCAGUACGCGGAUAGUUUAGCCGAGUACGUCAACGGUACUUUGGGUAACACUCCGGGAUUCAAACUAUGGACUUCUUGUUUGAAACGCACCAUUCAAACGGCUAAAAACAUUGAAGCUCCUCGAGAACAUCUGGAUGCGCUUAAUGAACUCGAUACUGGCGUUUGUGACGGACUCACUUACGAAGAGAUUGCUGAACGCUAUCCAAUCGAGUUUGCUGCUCGCGACGACGACAAAUUUCAUUAUCGUUAUCCAGAAGGCGAAUCUUAUUUUGAUCUGCUCCUUCGCGUCAAGCCUGUCCUGGACCGGCUGAAGGUCGAAAACAAUGUUCUGGUGAUCGCACACCAAGCAGUUCUGCGCUGCCUUUUGGCAGCCUUGCUCAAAAAAGAUGAAAAAGAACUGCCCUACAUCCAUACACCACUCCAUACAGUGAUGCGACUGUCGUUUAAACCUGCCGAUGGCGGUUGCCAUCUGGACCUUAUCCCGCUGAGCAUCGAAUGUGUCGAAACGCACAGAGCCAAACCCGAGAAUUGCAGUCUCACACGAACGGCUGAGGAGGCCUGUGUUACAGUUCCUGCCCAUUUCUAAUGCAAUAUGUUUCAGGCAUGGAAGGAAUUUGUUUUGCACGAUUCUCUGGCGCAGAUUUGUUUUAAUCGAUGGGGUUUCGCCUGUACGGUCGAUUUCUCUCAUCCUUGAUUAUUUUCCAUAUUAUAACCAUUUUUUAUACAUAUAUAUAUAUCUGUGAUUAUAUUCGCAUAAUGUACUGAGUGCUUCAAUAACUUAAAAGUAUAUUCGGGGAUUCUUUUUGUUUCUUUUAUAAAUAUGCAAAAGAGAAUACAACUCUGGUUAAAUGGCUUUAAAAAUCAGCCCAGAACCUGCCUGUUUCCUUAAAA